UUCUAUUACGCAAAACUGUGGCAACGAAAGAUACUGUCAUUCAAAAUUCCAGUCAUGGCAUCACUCUUUCGAAAACUUCCCAUCCCAAAUCUCCGUAACUUCAUCAAGAGAAACAUUAAAACUGCCUGCCAGAAAAAAAAAACCAAAAAUUAUUUAAUCGUCAGACCGACUGUUGACGAUUAUGACCAAAUCCUCUGUCUCAUGCGCCGUGCUUAUUACCCUGAAGAGCCCACAUGUAGCUCUCUAGCAUUCAAACCCACAGUCGUUUUCGACGAUAUAACCAUCCAGAGCCUCAGUGAAGGUUACUCUUUGAUUGCCAAAUGCAAAUACAAUGGAGACAUUUUGGGGGCGUGUAUUAACGAAACCUGUCACUGUUGGGACCCCGAUAUUAAAGACAGUCUUGCCUGUAAAGUCAGCGAUGUCAAAAGUCGACAGUUGUUGCAUUUUUAUGCCCACAUCCAGCGAGCCCCUGACCUGUGGCGGAAGUACGGAGUACAAAAAAUAUUCGAGAUUUGUUACUUGUUUGUGAGAAAAGACCAGCGGGGCAAAGGCAUUGCUUACGACUUGACAGAAAAGUCAAGAGUCCUUGCAGCCGACUGUGGAUUUUCCUUAGUCAGAAUUGAUGCGACUAGCAACAACACAGCGAAAUUGUGCGAGAAAAUGAAAUUGAAACUGGUCGAAGAGAUCCCCUAUUGCACGUACGUGGGCGCCGAUCAAAGGCCCAUUUUUCGGCCACCCGACCCCCACAAGUCCGUAAAAAUUUACGUCGACGAUGAGCCACAAAAAAACGCUUUACUACUAAAAAAAUAGACUUUUCAAAUGCU